GCUUCCUGUUUGGCUUCGUGCAGAAAAAGACAUGGCGGCGGCGUUUUAAUGCAACUUUCCAGCUGUCUGGAGCUCUCUCGUUAGGACUUUUGUUGCACAUCCACAGCGACGCAGAGAAAAAUGAGCGAGCCACGACACCCUGGGAUGUCCUCCGGUCCUCAGAUCAAUCCGGCGCGCACCGAGUCCAGCUCCCCGGCCGUAGACAUGGACCCAGUGGAGUACACCCUGAGGAAGCGCCUCCCCCGGAAACUUCCGAAGAGGCGGAACGACGUCUACGUUAACAUGAAAACUGACUUCCGGGCGCAGCUGGCGCGCUGUCAGAAGCUCCUGGAGGGGGGAGGCCACAGGGAGAUCUGCGUGCACGGCUUGGGUCUCGCCAUAAACAGGGCCAUUAACAUAGCCCUGCAGCUGCAGGCCAGUAGUCAGGGCGCGCUGCAGCUGGCGGCCAACACCUCCACGGUGGAGCUGGUGGACGACUUGGAGCCUGAAGACCCCGACGAGGCCAGGGAGCCAAUGACGCGCACUCGCAACAAUUCAGCCAUUCAUAUCAAAGUUUUCUACCCCGACCCUCAGGUGACCUAAUCCCUGGAGACAUUUCAAGUCCGCGUUAUCAUUUUUAUUUGUUCUCGUGAAAAUAUAGACUCAAAAGAAGUGAUGUUUUACGUAGGAACCGAGGAUCACUGCAUGCAGAGGCGUCAUAAUGAAGGUGUUGGAUUUUCUUGUGUUCACCGGUGAACUGUUCUGAAACUUGUUUUCGUUCUUGUCUUGGUUCAACUUUGGUGUUUCGUCAGCUGAAACUUGAGCAUCUGCUUGUUAACGUGUUUGUUCCACGUGCACAGCGAUGCUUGCGUUUACUUUCAGUGCCCGUUAACUUGCACGACGUGAAGACGGAGAAAACUAGAUAAAUUGCAUUUCCUGCAAAAAUGCAGUGUGAAUGGUUAUUGCUGAAAAACAGCUGAAAUGGAAGAACAAGCCCAAGUUAGCCGAAGAAAGCAGAAAGAACAUAUUUACUGAAUUUGUUUAAAACGAGCAGAAAAGAGCACAAAAAA